GCGGUCUUCUCGGUUAGGGGGCGCAAGACGGCCAAUCAGGACAAGACGUGGAAAAGAGGCGCCGCGCUAGCCAGUCAGACCUGCGGUCCGGGUAGGGGCCGGCUGACGCGAGUGCGGAUCGCAGCCAAUGGGCGUGCCGCUACCCGUCCGCUCCUCAGCAGCCGGUCGGGGGCGGUGGACGAGCCCAAGAAGAGAGCGCGACGGUGGCGGAGCCAUCGCUGGACGGCUCCGGGGAAAGCGAGGCCCGAGCCUCUGCGUCUAGCUGAGGUGCUGAGGCGACUCAGAACAAAGAAGUAAUUCAAGUGGUGUGGAGUUAAUCAGGGAAGGUUUCCGGGAAGAGGAUCAGAAUGGUUUCAAUCCCAGAAUACUAUGAAGGCAAGAAUGUUCUCCUUACUGGAGCUACCGGUUUCCUAGGGAAAGUACUUCUGGAAAAGUUGCUGAGGUCUUGUCCUAAGGUGAAUUUAGUGUAUGUUUUGGUGAGGCAGAAAGCUGGACAGACAUCCCAAGAGCGAGUAGAAGAAGUCAUUAGUGGCAAGCUUUUUGACAGAUUGAGAGAUGAAAAUCCAGAUUUUAGGGAGAAAAUUGUAGCAAUCAACAGUGAACUUACCCAGCCUAAACUGGCUCUUAGUGAAGAAGAUAAAGAGAUCAUCAUAGAGUCUACCAAUAUUAUAUUCCACUGUGCAGCUACAGUAAGGUUUAAUGAAAAUUUAAGAGAUGCUGUUCAGUUAAAUGUGAUUGCUACACAACAGCUUAUUCUCCUUGCACAACAAAUGAAGAAUCUGGAAGUGUUCAUGCAUGUGUCAACAGCAUAUGCCUACUGCAAUCGAAAGCAUAUUGAUGAAGUAGUCUACCCACCUCCUGUGGAUCCCAAGAAGCUGAUUGAUUCUUUAGAGUGGAUGGAUGAUGGCCUAGUAAAUGAUAUCACGCCCAAAUUAAUAGGUGACAGACCUAAUACAUACAUAUACACAAAAGCAUUGGCAGAAUAUGUUGUACAACAAGAAGGAGCAAAGCUAAAUGUGGCAAUUGUAAGGCCAUCAAUUGUUGGUGCCAGUUGGAAAGAACCUUUUCCAGGAUGGAUUGAUAACUUUAAUGGACCGAGUGGUCUUUUUAUUGCGGCAGGGAAAGGAAUUCUUCGAACAAUGCGUGCCUCCAACAGUGCCCUUGCAGAUCUUGUUCCUGUAGAUGUAGUUGUCAACACAAGUCUUGCGGCAGCCUGGUACUCCGGAGUUAAUAGACCAAGGAACAUCAUGGUGUAUAAUUGUACAACAGGCAGCACUAAUCCUUUCCACUGGGGUGAAGUUGGAUGUUAUCUAGCUCAUUCCUUCAAGAUGAAUCCUUUAAACCAAGUAUACAGGCGCCCCAAAAUUAACUUUUAUUCCAACAACUUAUUGCUUCAUUAUUGGAAGGGUGUCAAACAUACAGUACCUGCAUUAUUGCUCGAUCUUGCACUCAGGUUGACAGGUCAGAAACCGUGGAUGAUGAAAACAAUAACUCGUCUUCACAAAGCUAUGGUGUUUCUUGAAUAUUUCACAAGUAAUUCUUGGGUUUGGAAUACUGACAAUGUCAUUAUGUUAAUGAAUCAACUAAAUCCUGAAGAUAAAAAGACCUUUAAUAUUGAUGUGCGGCAGUUACAUUGGGCAGAGUACAUAGAGAACUACUGUAUGGGAACUAAGAAAUAUGUUUUGAAUGAAGAAAUGUCUGGCCUCCCUGCAGCUAGGAAACAUCUGAACAAGUUGAGGAACAUACGUUAUGGUUUCAAUACUAUCCUUGUGAUCCUGAUCUGGCGCAUUUUUAUUGCAAGAUCACAAAUGGCAAGAAACAUCUGGUACUUUGUGGUUAGUCUGUGUUACAAGUUUCUGUCAUACUUCCGAGCAUCCAGUACUAUGAGAUACUGAAGAAAAGAAUUUAGCAUUAGAACAUCUAUGCAUAUAUGGUGGUCUGAAUGCACAAAAUGUAAAAUGUACUUAAGUCAUCUCACCUUUUGUCAAGACAUUAAACCAUCUUAGAUCAGAGUGUGGAGUAAAUUAUAGUACAUUUUAUGUAACAUUUUAAUGUUUAUGCUCAUAAAAAUCUAGUGAACACACUGUGGUAUGCCAGCUCAGAUCUGCAAUAGCCACCAAAAACCAUGACUUAAUAUUUUGAUCCCUUGGGAAAGGGGUGGGGUGAGGGUAGGAGUGGGGAUAUGGGAACACUGACCAGUAUAACUGUGCAAUUCUGGAACACAUUAAUUAAAAUAUGCCUUAACAUAUAGUGAAUUUCUAAUUUUAAUAAUUAGUGCAAUGGAAAGCAUUUAUUUGGACAGGAAUACUAGCUAAGUUGGUAGGUAUUUGAUUCUUCAGUGUUUUUUUUCAUCAGUCGAAGUUUUGUUAAAAUUAUAGCCAAAUUAUUUUCACGUCAUCCUGUAAGUUACUGAGUGGUCUCAGACACGAAAGACAUGUUACCAUUUUUCUUUCUAUGAUUAAAGUUCUGAUGCAUAUCAUUUUUUAUAAGCAAUCAGUUGCUUUCAUAAUCAGAAGGCUAUAUAUUAUUCUAAAGAUCCUGCUGGAUCUAAAUGGGUUUAUAAAUCCAUAACAAUGUAUGCUAUGUGUUUUUUGAAGGAAAAGGAAAUGAAAAUGAACUAAAUAAGACUAUUAGCAUCCAAAAAUAAGAAUACAUUAUUCUUGUCCACGUUUUAACCAAAUAGAAAUCAGUCCUGUGUGAGAUGUCAUUCAUGUUUUGAAGCUGAAGGAUUUCUUGAGACUUGGGCAAAUGAGGGGUUGGAAAGGGAUUCACCAUACUUGUACUCUCCUUCCUUUAUAAUUUUAUUAAUUAAUAAGAGUUUCAAAAGGCUUAUGCUGUCUUUCCAGUGAAAACUGAAAACUGCAUUAUUAUGGAAGACUAUAUUUGCAGACAGACAUAGUGUUAAGAAAAUGUUUUCACAUGUGUGUAAACACAUACUAACUUUUGACCUGGAGAGCUGAAUUCAUUCAAGAAAAAUAAAAUGCAUAAAAUAACAUGUAUAAAAUUAAAUAAAGGAUUUUAUUUACAUACCACAUAAAGUAGCAAGCUGUUGAAUUAGUUUGAAGAUAAUCAUUUAUUUUUUUCUGCAUGCAGUUUUAGCUUUAAAAGAGAUGCAUUAUAGAAACAAGUAAUAGCAAGAAAAUUAAUGUAUAUUUUAAUGAUACAUUAUGAUUCCCUUUAAACCUUAAUAUAAUUAACUCUCCUUACUGUUUUAACAUAUAGUUGGUUUAACAGGUUGAUCACUAUAACAUGUUUUAAUUUAGCUGAUCAAGUUGCUCUAUAUUUAAAUUAUCAACAGUAUAUCUUGAAUGUAUUUAAUGAGGUCAGUUCACAAUACAAAAAGUUAUAUAGGACUUUACAUCUUAAUUUUCUUUGUCAAUUUGAAUGUAACGUAUAAGUUUAUUUUGUUGUGAAAAAACUAAGCGUAAAGGAAAUCACCUUCUCACAUGCAGGUGUGUAGUCUUAAAAAGAAAAAAUGCUUCCAUGUUGAAGUGAGCUUUUCUGUAGUAAAACUUCUAAGCAUUAUUAUUUUAAAAGAAGUAUGGGUGUAUGUGUGUGUGUGUGUGUGUGUGUGUGUGUGAGAGAGAGAGAGAGAGAGAACAUACACACACACAUGAAUUCUUUGGAAUGACACUGAAGUCUCUGGUCUAGGACCAUACCUUGUUUAAGGUGUGAGAGACCAUGACAGCAUCUAAAGAUGGAAUAAAUGAUGAUGCCUUUGAUUUAAAGUGGCCCACGUAUAGAUGCUCUGUACAUUGAGUGCUCCAUCUCCCUAAGUACGUUUCCAUAAUGUGUUGAAUACAUGCUCACAGUUGUAUGAUUUUUAUACUCCUGCCAAAUAUACUGAGAAUCAGAUGAAUUGUCUUUAUAUCUUGAAAAAAAUCAGGUACAACUUCAACAGGCAUGUGACAUAAUACAUUUGAGGUGUAUGUCUUUUGAACUGAGUCCUGGUUCUUACAGUCUAACUUAAAUGCUAUCUGGGAGGGUGCUGAGGCCACUGCAUUAAUUUUGUGUAUGUGUUUAACAAAAUUCUGUUGUCCAAAGAAAGCUAAUGAAUAAUUGACAUGUCAUUCCAGAAGUUAAAGUUCUAAAAUUAGUAUAAAGCACACAUAGAUCGUUAAUUCCCACUAACUAGACGUCAAGCUUAACUCAAAUUUUAAAAGAUUUUGGGAAUUAUUUAUAAUUGUCAUUUGUCAGAAGUGGCUUUCAGUUCAAUUUGAUUAUAAUUUCUAGACCUACUCAAUUUUUAACAAGAUAGCUUAUUAAGUUAAAUAAAUUCAGUAUUUCUUUAACUUACUUGAUAAAGCUGUGUUGUAAAACAUUUGUUUUUACCCCAUUAACUUUGAUUCUUAUAAUUCUGUCACAUGCAUUUGUCAAUUGUGACUGUAUUUAAAUGUGACUUGGCAACAUUAAUGUGUCCUAAAACUCAGCACAAGAAGCAUGGCAAUACAUUCUUUGAUUUAAGGAUGGCAUAAAAUAAAUGCUUUUUGAAUCUGUAUAAUAAAACUUGGAAGCAGGGAGGAAAAAAUCUUAUUUCUCCCACCCUCCUUUUUUUGUGUUUGUCUAUAGGAACUGGUUCAGGGCUUUGUUUGCUUUUUGUUUUAAAUGUAAAUUGAUUUUAUAAGAAGUAAAUAGUAGCAUUAUUGGGUGCCUUUAUUUGUAAACCAAAAAGUAAUAAAUGAAUCCCUAUAUUUUCAUUAUAAUACUUAUGGUGUUUUUACAAUAAUUAUCCUGAAAAUUACCAGUGAGAUAAUGUGAUUAGGAUUACAGGAAGCAGUCCUCACUUAUAGUUCUUACCUCUUUUCAGGUGUACUCAUUACUUCUUAUAUCCUAAUUUCAUUUAAUCCCAAAUUUCUUACAUAGCAUUUUAGGGGAAACACAUAGUUAGGAUGAAUACUUUUUGUUGAAGUAUUAUUUUUAUGUAUUUGCUGAGAUGGGGAGAUUACCAGUAUAUUGUUAGGCUCCAGCUACUCUCCUCUACAUUGAAUAUCCUUUUAAUUUUUAGAUAUACUUAAUAGCAAUUUAUCUAUUGAGUAAGUGUAAGGAUCAUUCAUUAGGAAUAGAGAUAGCCCAUAUAAAAGGAGAAAGCAUCAGGCUGAGGUUCAGGUGAGUGUAAAUGGCCAGCUUGCUUUUCUGGGCUGACUCCAAGCCCUGACUUAAAACCAGUAGUACUGACUUGCUCUAUUUUGAGAAAAACUCUCUAAUUCUUUGCAUGGAAGACUAGAGACAGAAAUGUGUACUGCAUAAUUUGAUAUAGGAAUGGGUUAAUUAAAUUAAUAUCCUGAUAAAAUAAGUAUGAAAUAUUUUCUUAUUGAAUUAAUAUUUUUAUCUUCAAGUAUUUUCUAGGCUUAGAGUGAAUUUGUCUUUUUAAAAAAAAUCUCUGCUAUCCUUAAGAUUCUUAAACAAAUCAUCUUUGUCAAUUGAGCAUAGAUGUGCAAAAUUGUUAACUAAUUUCUUUGAUUUUUCUUAAUUAAAGAAAUAUUUGAGUAACAUUA